AUCACAGUCCCUCGCCUUGGUAGUUGGCGCCAAUGGUUUGUAAAUAGUGAAAAUGUCAUCUAACAAGAGUCAUGUUAUUAAUUUGUUUAAAUUACACGGACUUGCAGUACGUAGUGAUGGAGCCAAGUACCUGUGUGAGCUGCUGGAUCCUCUGCCCAAAGAUGAACAUGAUGAGUGGAUAGAAAAAGUUAUAGAUGCUGUUCAGAAGCUACCCAUAAGUUCCACCUUAAUUUCAAAGGAACACAUCCACAAAGCUGCUCAGGAGGUCGGUACUUCAGAAAAUGAUGAUAUUGAAAACCUUUUGCAAAUUGUGGAUAUCUACAAGGUGCCAAAGUUGAUGUACAAUUUAGAGAGAAAGAAAUUUGUGUUGGCACCAACAAGAGCACGAGACUUACAUGGAGAUGCUUCUGAUAAAGCGGCUCUCUUCCGGGACAGAUACACUGUGGUUUACCAGCGUACAUGCAAUCAUGAUUUGUUUCGUCAACCUGUUGUGGGCAUGACUGAUGAUGACAACAAGAAAUUUGGUCUUACAAAGGUCGAGUUUUUGAUGGGAUCCAGCUCACGUUUAGAAGAAGUUGUAACAUUGGGACUCCUUACACAGCUAGUAGAGGGCCAACACCACCUUGAGGAUGACACAGGAGCUGUCCGACUUGACCUUACUAAUACCAAGUUCCAUACUGGUUUAUUCACACACAACUGUUUUGUCCUGGUGGAUGGGUGGUAUGAGGAUGGCUUACUGCAUGCCAAUGCUAUUGGACUUCCACCUCCUGAAGCUCCCAGCUCAACAAGAGCGUUAAUAGGAAACAUCAACUACUUCGGUGGUCAGGGGAAUGUGUGUGCGAAAAAUAACCCCAGACUCCAACAAAUUGAGCAAGAGAAUAAAGAUGCAAUGUUUGUUGUUCUAUCAGAUGUGUGGUUAGAUAAAAUUAAGGUCACUGAAAAAUUGCAGACACUGUUCAAUGGUUAUGCUCAAUUCCCUCCAACAGCUUUCAUAUUCUGUGGUAAUUUCGUAUCUUCCUGCCAUGGAGCUCAGCAGGCUCAUGAUCUACGGCAAGCACUGGGGUCACUGGGGACCCUCAUCGCUGGAUAUCCUGAACUCAUGGCACACUCCAGGUUCAUCUUUGUGCCAGGGCCUAAUGACCCAGGGCCAUGUAACAUAUAUCCCAGACCAACCUCCCCUGCAAAUAUCACCGAGGAAAUAAAGAAAGCAGUCCCAAGUGCCUUCUUUGUCAGCAACCCCUGCCGUUUGCUCUUCUGUACCCAAGAGAUCGUCAUAUUCCGGGAAAAUAUUGUGGCCAAGAUGUGUCGCAACUGUGUUUAUUUUCCUGCAAAUUCUGAUGACAUUCCUGCCCAUUUUGCAAAAACAUUGGUGAGUCAAGGCCAUUUGGCAGCACUACCCUUGCAUGUGUUGCCUGUGUACUGGGGAUUGGACCACUGCCUGUCACUCCACCCAACACCGGAUGUCAUCAUCACUGCAGACAAAGGGGACUCCUUCACCACAACCCACAACCAGUCCAUCAUCAUGAACCCGGGUUCAUUCGCCAAAACGGACUUCUCUUUCAAAGUUUACAUGCCAGCAACCAGACAAGUUGAGGACAGCCAGAUUGCCGAUGAUGAUACAUAGCCCACUGGAUUCCAAGUAAUAUUCCAAAUACCUGUGCUUGUUAGCCCAAAAUUGUUCAGUUGUUCAAGCUGCAUGAGCUGAAUAUUUUUAUUGUAAUACAUACAGUAAUUCCUGAUUAUUUGCAUAUUUCACAUUUGCACUUUCAAGAAUUUGUCAGAGGUAAUGAAAUAUUAAAUAAUAAUACUGUUCUGUACAGUAAUUUCAAAUAUCUUCUAAUAGAUGACAUACUCAUUUGUGCUGCCAUCUAUUGAGGAUGAGAACUACAAUUUCAUCAACUGAUCGACUGUCUUCGUUUGAUAUUUAAUAAACAUUUAAAAAGUUGUUUCAUGAAACAUAAAGUAUUAAAUAUAUUUAAUGCUUCUUUUAGAAAUGAAACAUUAAAGACAUAUUUAAUGUUCUUACACUAAAGGGUAUGAGGGAUACACUUCUGCAAUAAUAAUAAUAAUAAUAGCUGGUCUUUUGUUUCUCAAAAGUGCCAAUUCUUCUAAAAAUUCACUAGCGCUCGAAAUACUACAAUGUCAAGGACUUGAGAUUAAAAAUAAAUAAAAAUGCCAAGUACAUACAGUACUACCAAAAAAAAAAAAUUACAAAGUGACAGUUAGUAUAUCCUUAAGUUGUAACAUUUCCUAAACCCUGUAAUUCUCCCUUUACUGUAGGUGCAUUAGAAAAUUACCACCAAGAAAUAGAAUUAAGUAAGCAAUUCUUCGAUACCACUUUUCUCACUUCAACACUAGAUCUAUCAUUUCAAAACAACUUUUAACAAAUUAUAUGGUUACUAUACACAUCCGUCCAUAAUGGCUUGAGUAACUGAGUCAGAACAAGCAAUACAGCAACAGUGUCCACAUGAUCAGCUGGUAAAUGUAUUCAGCACUUGUUAUUGUUGCAUUAAAAUAUUAACUUUUCUAAGUUUAAAGAGAAGUUAGCUAAAUUGUGGUGAGGUUGGAAUGUAUUCGGUGAUAAAAAAGAGCAGACUGCCUGCAUGUCAUGUUUGUUGCAUACAGUACAGGUACAGUAGCUAAUUAUGAGAAUGAUAUUCGGUAAUUUCAUAUUUGUGGCCAUUUUGAGAACGUAUCCCUGGCAAAUACCAGGAAUGGUGUAAAUAUGUGUUUUAAUGAAGCCAGCCUGAAAAAGAAUAAAGUUUUAUAUAAUUUA